AUGAAUUAAUAGAACAUUAUUGAAUUCUAUCCAAGGAUAGUGGAACAGUUGAAACCAAUACUUUUAAAUUUAUACAGAAAUGAAACUUUACAAAAUUAUCAUAGCAUAAUUCAAUAAAUAAAAACAAAAUUUGUUCUCCCAGAAUAAAUACCAUUGUUUGUUUUUCCAAAUGCCGAAAAACUAUCAGAAUUCUUUUUCUAAAAUUAUUAACCAAUAAUUUUGGAUAUAACAUCUCUGUAUUAGAAACCGAAUGUUAAAAUAAAAUUAUAUAAGAAUGCUAUAUAUUUUGGAGAGCUCUAUUAAGACAUGAGAUAAGGACAAGGAGUUCUUAUAAAAGAGAACAAUUAAAUAUAUGAAGGGUAUUUUGCACUUGAUAAAAAAGAUGGGAUAGGUUUUGAAAUAUUAAAAGGGAAUACAUUUUAUCAUGGACAUUACGUUUAAGGAUUUCCUCAUGGAGAAGGUGUUUAUAAGUCUAAAUCCCAUUCAUAUAUAGGUUAAUGGUAACAUGGAAAGAAAGUAUAAUAAUUAAACUAUUAUAAGUGUGGAAUUGGAUGGAGUGUUGGAAAUAACAAUGAUUAUUUUUUAGGAAGUUGGGAGAAUGGAAAAUUUUAUGGAUUGGGUUUACAUAUUUUUGAUUCGUUGUAUGAAUUAUUUCAAGCUAAAUAGAUAUUUUGGUGAAUUAAUUAAUGAUCUAAAAUAUGGUUAUGGGGAAGAAUAUUUUCCGGAAGGUGACAUUUAUAAAGGAUAAUAUAAGAAUGGAGUACCAAAUGGAAAGGGAAAAUAUAUUUGGAAAAAUGGAAAUUCUUAUUAAGGAGAGUUUUAAAAUGGUUUAAGAUGGGGAGAAGGAUUUUGGGAAUAAAAAACUGAAAAGGGAAUAUAGUUCUAUAAAGGUUAAUAUGUGAAUGAUAAGAAAAAUGGACAUGGUCAUUUUCAUUAUUCAAAUGGUACAGAGUAUAUUGGAGAAUUCAAUGAAGAUUAAAGACAUGGAUUUGGUUAAAUUAUUUGGCCAGAAAAAGCUAUGUAUAAAGGUAAUUGGAAAUAUGGAUUAAUGGAUGGAGAAGGGAUUUAUACUAAUGAAAAUAAUAAAUUAUAAGGUAUUUGGAAAAACAAUUAAUUUAUUUCCUAAGAAAAAGUUAGACUUUCUUUAAAUUAAUUUCCACUAGUAAACUAAUUGAAAGAUAUUGUUGAAGAUGAAGAAAUUUUAUCUUAAAUUGCAGAAGAACCAGAUAAUGAAAAAAUAGGUGACAUUUUUAAGAAGAUUACUUUAUAAAGUAAAACAACAUUAAGUAUAUCUGAUAUUUCAAAAUUACCUUAGCUUACAUCACUUUAGAAAUAAUUAGAUUUGUCUUUAUGUUGCUAAGCUAAUUCAUUCACAAAUUAAAGAACUUCAUCAAUAGGCAUUUAAACUGAAGUUAAUUCAACAAAAAAAAAAUUAAUUACUGAAUUGCCCUCUAUUACAAAGAGAAAACAUAUUUUAUCAAGUUAUAGAAUUGAUAGUAAAAAAAUCAUUUCCAAAAAUAAUUUGAGAGAAUCUUUUACAAAUACUAAUUCUCCUAAUACUAGAGAAAAUGAAUUUUAAAAUUAUAGUGUUCAUUAAUCUUAAGAAAAAAAACCAAGUAAAGUUAAAUAAAGAUUAAAUUUGCUUUCAAAAUUUGAAGAAAAAGUUUUAAAAAUAAGACUUGAAAAAUAAAAAUUAAGUCCUCAUAAAUUUGAGAAUUUAUGGAGUAAAAAAGUAUAUAAAAUUUUUUAAUAUAUUAGGUUGUAAAUUAAGCGAGAUCAAUAAUAUAUCCUCCUGUUUGGAUUCCCCCUUCUUUCCAUCCUUAAUUGUGUAGAAAGUUUUGA